AUGGCAGCGUCGUCCACCGACGAUUCAGCCCUCAUGGCGGCCAUCCAGUCGCGCGACGCCGCCGUCAAGCCGCUGCUCAGGAGCGACCCGCAGUCCGCUUUGCGCUUAUCGCUCACCGAUCCGCCGUACGCGACCAAGACGGCCGCGGUCAAGGAGGCCUCGUUCGAGGCGCGCAGCUCCGCACUUGCCACGCGUUUUGCCCUUUUGCCCCGCCAUCGGUCACAUUUAGCUGUGCGUGCUGACAAGGUGGUGGGCAAGGCACUGGUGGCGAUAAAAGAGGCGGACAUCGAGGCGGCGGUGAGUGCACUCUCGCUUGACGAGUGCGACGUGCUGAUGAAGUACCUCUACCGCGGCUUUGGGAUGGAGGGGCGUGAGAAGCUAUACCCUGCGCUGCUCAAGGCGCCGCGAGGGGCGUGCGCCGUCCCCGCCCACCCUACUGCGACGACACCACCUCCCCUCCCUUCCUGCCCCCCUCAGUGGCAUCCGGUCGUCUUGCGGCGCGCUGGACAGGCAUCCAUCGUGCGCGCCAUCUCCGAGGUCCAGCGCGGGCUGUAG